CGUUUCUGUCAGGAGCGCACUAGAGGCCGGACAGUGGCGGGAUCCGACGUCUGACUGGACCCGGCUGACUGAACUGAGCGCGGCAGCGGCGGCGAGGGCUGCGUGGCCCCGGCUACCCGCCAGGUCGCAGAGACUAGCAGAGUCUAGCGGGCAGCCGGCGGCGCAGGCACAAUGGGGAACCGGGAGAUGGAGGAGCUGAUCCCUCUGGUGAACCGUCUGCAGGACGCUUUCUCCUCGCUGGGACAGAGCUGUCUGCUGGAGCUGCCGCAGAUCGCCGUGGUGGGCGGCCAGAGCGCCGGCAAGAGCUCGGUGCUCGAGAACUUCGUGGGCAGGGACUUUCUCCCUCGAGGGUCAGGCAUUGUAACGAGAAGGCCUCUUGUGCUGCAACUUGUUACUUCCAAAGCAGAAUAUGCAGAAUUUCUACAUUGCAAAGGAAGAAAAAUUACAGAUUUUGAUGAAGUUCGCCAUGAGAUUGAAGCAGAAACAGAUCGAGUAACUGGAAUGAAUAAAGGGAUUUCCUCCAUACCCAUUAAUUUACGAGUCUAUUCCCCACAUGUGUUAAAUCUAACCCUUAUCGACCUGCCUGGAAUUACUAAAGUGCCCGUGGGAGAUCAGCCACCAGAUAUUGAGUACCAGAUCAGAGAGAUGAUUAUGCAGUUCAUCACACGGGAGAACUGUCUGAUUUUGGCUGUUACCCCAGCCAACACCGAUCUUGCAAACUCAGAUGCACUGAAACUAGCUAAAGAAGUUGAUCCUCAAGGUCUAAGAACCAUUGGAGUCAUCACCAAACUGGAUCUUAUGGAUGAGGGAACGGAUGCCAGGGAUAUCCUAGAGAAUAAGCUGCUGCCGCUUCGCAGGGGUUACAUUGGGGUGGUAAACAGGAGCCAGAAGGACAUAGAUGGGAAGAAGGAUAUAAAGGCUGCCACGUUGGCAGAAAGGAAAUUUUUUCUCUCACACCCGGCUUACAGACAUAUUGCUGAUCGGAUGGGGACCCCACACCUUCAGAAGGUCCUUAAUCAGCAACUUACCAACCACAUUCGAGACACCCUACCUAACUUCAGGAACAAACUGCAGGGACAGUUGCUGUCCAUAGAACACGAAGUAGAAGCCUAUAAAAACUUCAGGCCAGAAGACCCCACCAGGAAGACCAAAGCAUUGCUGCAGAUGGUUCAGCAAUUCGCUGUGGACUUUGAGAAGAGAAUUGAAGGGUCAGGGGAUCAAGUAGAUACCCUGGAGCUCUCAGGGGGUGCUAAAAUCAAUCGUAUUUUCCAUGAACGUUUUCCUUUUGAGAUAGUAAAGAUGGAGUUCAAUGAGAAAGAACUGCGAAGAGAAAUAAGCUAUGCAAUCAAAAACAUACAUGGUAUCAGGACAGGGUUGUUUACUCCAGACAUGGCAUUCGAAGCAAUAGUCAAAAAACAAAUUGUAAAGCUGAAAGGGCCUUCCUUGAAGAGUGUAGAUCUGGUAAUACAAGAAUUAAUCAACACUGUCAAGAAGUGUACCAAAAAACUGGCAAACUUCCCCAGACUCUGCGAGGAAACGGAAAGGAUUGUUGCUAACCACAUUCGUGAGCGAGAAGGGAAGACAAAGGACCAGGUACUGCUGUUGAUCGACAUCCAAGUCUCCUACAUCAACACCAACCACGAAGAUUUCAUUGGCUUCGCAAAUGCUCAGCAGAGGAGCAGUCAGGUUCACAAGAAAAACACAAUUGGAAAUCAGGGAACCAAUCUUCCGCCUUCAAGGCAAAUUGUGAUUCGCAAGGGAUGGCUAACCAUCAGCAACAUUGGCAUCAUGAAAGGAGGCUCCAAGGGAUACUGGUUCGUCCUUACUGCUGAAAGCUUAUCCUGGUACAAAGAUGAUGAGGAAAAAGAAAAGAAGUAUAUGCUUCCCUUGGACAACCUGAAAGUUCGGGAUGUGGAAAAAAGCUUUAUGUCUAGCAAGCACAUCUUUGCACUCUUUAAUACCGAACAAAGGAAUGUAUACAAAGACUAUCGCUUUCUCGAGCUGGCAUGUGAUUCACAGGAGGAUGUAGACAGCUGGAAGGCAUCUCUACUAAGAGCUGGGGUUUAUCCAGAUAAAUCUUUAACUGAAAAUGAUGAGAAUGGCCAAGCAGAAAACUUUUCCAUGGACCCACAGUUGGAGAGGCAAGUGGAGACCAUUCGCAACCUCGUAGACUCCUACAUGUCUAUUAUCAACAAAUGUAUUCGAGACCUAAUUCCAAAAACGAUAAUGCAUCUUAUGAUCAAUAAUGUUAAAGAUUUCAUAAAUUCUGAGCUCCUAGCACAGUUAUAUUCUUCAGAGGACCAAAAUACUCUGAUGGAGGAAUCUGCGGAACAGGCUCAGCGCCGGGAUGAGAUGCUUCGAAUGUACCAAGCCCUUAAAGAAGCCCUCGUGGUCAUCGGUGACAUCAACACAUCCACGACGUUCACGCCCGCACCGCCGCCAGUGGACGACUCCUGGAUCCAGCAUUCUCGCAGGAUGAAUUCCAACGGAGAGGAGGAUGGGCAAACUGCUGUCGGUCUCUGCCCCCAGGUCCCCGCCUCCAAGCCCCACCCAGCGGAGACCGACGCUGAGCGCGCCCCUCCCGCGGCCCACGUCCGGCCGCGGGCCCGCACCCGCCAUCCCCUCCCCGGGACCCCACUCGGCAGCGCCUCCAGUGCCCUUCCGGCCUGGCCCAUUGCCUCCUUUCCCCAACAGCAGCGACUCGUUCGGGGCGCCUCCACAGGUUCCGUCUCGGCCCACCAGGGCCCCUCCGAGCGUCCCAAGCCGGAGACCACCCCCAUCACCUACUCGUCCCACUAUAAUCCGUCCACUAGAAUCCUCCCUGUUAGACUAAACGAAGUGUCUGGCAUGGCAAUUAAUUACUAAUGAAUUAUGCAAAAGCAAAAUAUUUGGUAACCGUUGCAGUAAAUCAUGAGUAGUCGCAUGUGUGGAUAUCAGUCGGCAAGUAACCAGUUUUACUAAUGCAUUCAUCACUCACCUUCAUUGCUCAUGAUAUGUCAAACUUUUGGGGUUUGACUCUUGAAAACUGCUGACUCUUUGAGGCUUUAUAUGUUGUAUCAACCAAAGUAGAUUGUAUAGCAGCCCGCUACUUUGUGGACCAUUGGCCUACCCUGGCAUAUGUUUGGAAUUGCUUUGACAACUUUCCCAGGUUACCUACCAGAUAGCCCAUUUAAUAUAAUUCCUAAGAGAUAAGAGAUGGUGGGCUUAGACCUAAAUGAUACAUAUUUAUUUUUCCACAUUCUGUUUUGACUGACGGAAAUUAUGUUGUCUAUUAUACAUGUUUCCGCCUACGCCAUGAUUAGCUAUUUAGAUCCUUUCUCCUUCCUCUUUAUUUCAUAAAACUGCUAAGAAGUGAUUUUUUAAAAGUUAGGAUUCCUUAAAAAUAAAACUUUUCCAGAAGCAUGAGGUAGUUUGCAAAGGAAAAGUUAAUGCAUUGCUUGCUCUAGAGGGCUUCUCAUGGCAAUGUGUUUUGCUUCAAGCUAGAAGCAUAUUCAACAGUGAAUUAAAGCUUGUUUUUUGGUAGUCAGUCAGUAAAUUGGGCUACUUUCAGAGUUCAAGGAAGAAGCAAAAUAUCACAUCUCUAGAAGUGUCUGUACAAAUGUAAUUUCUUUAUUCACGUAUAUACUUAGCUCCUCACAAGUUACAGUGAAGGCUGAUAUGGAAGAUAUUUAAUUUUUUAUAUUGAUCUAAUUUUAAGCAUGGCUACUUAUACUUCGACACUAAUUCCAGUUGAUUUAGUUAGUUAGUUAGUGCAAAAAUAUGUCUCCCUUUCCAUGCUAAUAUGUAACUUUCUAAUAUAAAAAUUUAGCCUACCUUUUAAACAGUUUAAUGUAACUUUUUAAUCGGUUCUAGGCUUUCUUAAUAAAUCCUGAGCCUUACUAUGGGAUAGCCAUAUUUAAAGAAUGGGACCUGGAAUGGAAAGAAAAGAUGCCCUAGUUUGAGAGCAGAGCUCACAUUCCUACAGUCGGACAACUUCAGAGUCUCUUUCCAGGUCAUUCCAGAAAAUAGUAUUAAGACAUCGAGAUUUAAAGCAAAUUGGCAAAUUCUAACAUUUCUAAAAUUUAUAAGAGCAGCUUAGCCUGAGGGUUAAUAGUUCAGUCUUGAGGCUGACUUUUGGACUACCUAGAACUAGAUGAUUAGCAUGUAGGAAACAGCCAGAAGCCAACCGGAAUUUUGUCUGCUAACUGUUCCCAGACAGCAGACCAAGUAUUCACUGCAUAGUUGUGUCCCAUGACACCAUUUCAUAUUCUACAGAACUAAAUCAGGUUUAACCAACUGAAAUACCUCCCUUUGAAAGCAGCAAACAUGAUUUGUAUGUUAACUUUAAUUUCCUGUGUAGUUUAUACCCAAAGCAGACACCCAUAAAGUAUGAAGUAAAACUUUUAACCAUUAUUAAAAAGAGACCUUGCCAAGUUGAAUGGCAUUGUUUUGAACUUAUUCUAAAGGGUUAAAAGUAGUCCACUUAGGCAAAAAUCAGAGAAUACAAGAUUUACAAAAAGGGCAUUUCAACUUUUAAAUUGCAAGUGAUUGUAUAAGAACGCCGCCCUAAAUCACCACCCUAAAUCUUCUCAUAUCUUUUUUUUUCUCAUGGAAAAAAAUUAACUCUUUGUGAAUGGAACAGAUGUGCAAAAUACAUACUGUAUUUUUAAAAUAGUGUUGCAGCUAAGUGGAAAUAAGUUAAGUAAACAUCCAUAGUAAAAUGAAUAGUCUAAAGUGAUAUCUUUUCACAAAAUUCCCUCUUUUUUAGGAUCCCCUUUGCUCCUUCUUUUGAAUUCUCUAAAAUAGGCAUCUAACAGAUUAUAUACUUCAGGGUUUGGCUUUGUGCUGUAUGUGGUUUUGCGUUUUGCUGUAUUUCAAAAAUUUCCUUUGGUUAAAGGAAAAUGUUGUGGAUAACCACUGAUGUGUUCUUAGAUCAGCACAAACCAUGUCAAAGAAAACUGGGGAUUUUUUUCCCAGGUUUCUUUGCACCGAUUUUAUGCAUCAUAAACAAUGGCAUUCGUCACCUUUGGCUUUUGCUCUCAGAUUAUCACCCCACAGUUUCACUGUCCCAAUUGUCUCUUCUUGUGUGUACAUUUUUGUUUUAUUUUACUUCUAAGUUAUUUCUAAUAGAACCCAGCCUCCCCUGGAAUUUCAGCAGUCAUGUUGGAGAAUAUUUUCAGUUUACUGCAGUAUUGUGUCAUAUGAUUAGUAUUAAUCCCAUUUCCCAAAGGGUUUGUAUCCUGCUAAAAGGAGAUGUCAAGGUAAAUGAAGUCAGAAGCCCUAGGAUGUGCGGAGUGUGAAGUACAGCGUUCAUAUCAGGCCUUAAGAUGGGAAUGUCGCUUAAUGAGCUUUCUAAGUAUUUCCCACACACUUCAGAUCUUUUGUGUAACUUCAUCCUGAUUGCUCUGAUGUUGUCUACACAACAGAUGUAGCUCCAUCAUGUCUAGUAUAAUAAAACGUAUAGUGUUUUUAGGAUUUGGAAAAGUAAACUGUAUAUGUUUAUUUGAUGGGUAAAUCUGUUUUAUUGUCACAUGCUAAUUCUUGCAUGCUUAUUGACUAACUGGAAUAGCCAUUUACUCAAUUGUGGACAGAUGGUUGAAAUAGUAUUGAUUUAGAACAGAUAUAUUGAAUUUCCAGAAAUCAUCUACCAAGAUUACUCCUCUGAAUAUUGCUUUUAGCUGUGUUUCGUAACAUAGAAGAGCAGUAGGGUCUGUUUAGUUAGCAAAUUGCCUACUUGUUCAGAUAAAAACUCACUCUAUUCCAAAACGUUAUAAUAAAACCAAGUUCCUGUGAUAUAACUAUAAGCCUUCUGACCUUAGAAUUAAAGAGUAAUCGUAUAGAUUCAUUUUAUGACUUUUUAGAAUAGACUAUAGCCAUAAUUCUCAAAUAUGAAAUGGGACCUAAUACCAGUAUGUGAUAAAUGUUGAUGUUUUCUGUGUACACACGUAUUUUCUAAGCAUGUGUCCCUAUGUAUACAGUAUAUACAUAGUAAAUUUGUGUAAGUACAUGUAUUUUGUGCCCCUGUGGGUAAGUAGCUUUAAAAAUCACUUGUUAAAAUGCCAUGAGCAUGUGUGUGAUUGUGUGUGUAUUGUAUAUAUAUGUAUAUGUUUGGGUGUAAAUAUUUAUACAUGUGUGUAUGUGUGGGUAUGAAUAUAUUUUUUAAACUGUGUUAAUACAAGAGUUAGCUUUAGAGUAUUUGCCAUAAUAUGUGAUAAAAGUGGUUCAUUUCUCAUAACAUACACGAGGUGUACAAAAUUUUCUCCAGAUUACAUUCAUUCUGAGAGGCACAAGGCUCAGAACUUCCAUGACAACAUGGUAGAAUAACAUCUACAGGCAUUUGCAUCUAAAUUCACAGCAUUGCUAUCGAAGAAGAAAUUAUCUUUGCCAAUAUAGCUAGCUCAUAGUAAGUGUAAGAUCUGGAAACCUACCUUUAAGGUCUCUGAUUAGAAUUAUAAAUUAUUCUUAGAUUGCUGAGGUGAAUCUUAAAAAGCUGUUUGUCUACAUAGUCAUUUUCUUUCUCUACAGUAACUGUCAAAAAAUAAAAAUAGAGGGAUACAGCAGUAUAACACAAGUAGUGGAUUUUCUGAGUAAGUUUGCUUAAAAUGCAGGGAAGAAGUUAUGUAACACCUCAGAGGCAGGUCAUCCAUCCACUUUUUCAGGUAAACAUUUUUCAUUUGUCAAACAAUGUAAUUAUUUGAAAUGGACAGGAAUCUCCUUAACAUUAAGAAUAAAGCUUAAAUAGUAGGUCUCUAAACUAUGGAACUCGAUGAAAGAAGAUAAUAUUUGAGACUCAAGCCAUGAAUUUUAUAUCAUUUCACUAAGAGGACUGCAAGCUGUGAGCUCAGAGUUUAAUGUGAAUGAAGCUAGAUGGUUUCUAAGAAACAGUUAUUGGUUCACUAGAUCCCUCAUUCCUUUCUUAAAAGCUCAAAUGUGUCUUCUAGAACCUUCAGUCAUCCUGUCUAGUUGGUAUGUUUAACAUUACGUGGUGCUCUGUAUGGUGAAAUUUUAAGAGUAUUUUGAAGCAUAUGUAGUAUAUGCAUUGCUAUUUGUAUAUACGUGUAAGAAUGUAUGUAUGUAUGAGAGCAAGAGAGAGGAAACUCAAGGAAGAGUCUCCUGUUUGUCUUAAGACCUGCUCAUGCUGGUAUAUUGGUGAGACUUUUCACCUCUCUGGUCUGGGGUUUCACACAUGGCUCAGCUCAAGGCUUCAUUCCUUUUUAAUUUUUACCCUCAAAUUCCUUAAUGUAAUGUUUUUUAAAUUACGAUAAAAUUACUCUGUCUAAUCUCUUGCAUUGUAUGUUGCCAAUUUGCUAAAAAUGAUUCCUUCCGAUCAGAAAUUCUACCAUUACUUGAUUUGUGUUUAAUUUUACAUGUACAGCCUUUGUUUUGCUUGCCUGUAUGUUUCUUUUCUCUCCCUUUUCUGAAUCAAACUCCUCUUUUGCUUUUUUAUAUUAAGAAGCAGUGUACAGAAGCAAAAUCUUGCCUUCUCUGUUGAUUCUUUAAUUAAUUGGAGCCAGAGAACUUUCCCCUGUCUUCUUGGCACUUUCAGGCUUUCUUAAUGCUGAGAUAUGGAUGGACUCUAUGAAUGGAAUUUUUGAAGCAAGUUCCUAAAGCUUGUAUCAUUCUUGAAGGUCAUGUGUACCUAUUGUGAAAAUGUGAAGCUGUAUUUCUGAACCUGAAAUAAAUGAUAACAUUUGAAGGA